UUGCCCAGGAUCACCAUGGUUGAUAUUCAGAUGGAUAUAUUGAAAUCCUCAGAUGAACUCGAUGGAGCACCGGUUUCACGUGCUCAUGGGGGGACAUGUGUUACAUAUGUUGAUGCCAACACGUAUUCCAGUCCAACCGAAGCAGAGAGUCUUCUGCAACAGGGAAAUGGUACUAAUGGAGUGCAGACAUCUCCAUGUGAUGUAGAGUCUCAAAAAUCUGGAAAGGACUGCACUAUGCGUGGGAUAAAGAAAGAGCUGAAUGAGAAAGUCUUCUGGGAAAUUAGAUUAUGGAUGGUCAUAAUAUUCAUCCUCAUUGUCAUCAUUGCAGUGAUUUUUACUUCACUGGCUAUAUGUGCAGCGAUCCAUCAGGAUGAGGAUGACAUAUUUGACCCUUCAUCGUUUACAGUCAUUCAGAAUUUCCGUGGGAGCUUCCAGAUGCCAAACCAGGUCUUCACAGAGGAACUCAGCACCAAUUCCUCCAAUAAAAGCCAAACACUGGCUAAAGAACUAGGAACAAAGCUCUCUGACCUCUACAAAACCUCAUCUGCACUGGGGCGAUACUUCAUCAACGUAGAGAUACGGGCUUUCAGGGACGGUUCAGUCAUUGCUGACUACAAGCUGACAUUUCACAUGCCUGAAGAGGAGAAGGAUCAGCUGAGGAAUUUUACUCUGAGCAGGGAGAUGGUGUACAACGUGUUCAGACAGUUUCUUUAUGACCAGGAAUCUGAAUCGGACCCAAUGUUCAUUGAUCCAGAUUCCCUAAAAAUGGCUUUAGGAAACUGAGGACAAGAAGUUUACAACGAGACCAGAAAACCAGUUCUUGGUUUCUUUUUAGUUUUUAUGAGCCACUAAACCUCCAUGAUGUCACGUCGAUGUCAUUGUUUUCUCAUGAGACUGCAUAUGAGACGUCUUUACCACAGGACGCUACAUGACCAUAGUUGCGCCACCCCGCAAGUAAUGGUAGUCAUGUGUGUGUUUGUGUGCAGGGUAUUUUUUUAGGUUAAAAUAUAACCUAUAGUCAAACUCACAAAAAAUGGAAAACAAACACAAAAAACAUGUUUUUUUGAAAGAAAUACAUUGAGAUAUUGUACUUAA